CCGCUGUAUUCCGAGAUGGCCGCAUAGCAUCUUGAUCAAGGAUGAACCCUCGAACAUCUCAACAUGGAUCCACCUGUGUUCUUCGAACGACUGCGACUACCCGGUGGUGUCUGGAGGCUCCUCGCUGCGUUCUUCGCUCUCUUGGAGUUCGUCUUCUACGAGUUUGGUUUCGUCAUGACGUGCUCUCUCCUCUUCUCGCACGCUUCGCACCUGAAAGAGUGCGGAGAACACGGCGGCUUGUGCGUGUACGUCAUGCCAAUAGGAGCUCAGAUCUUCGACGCCGUCUUGUUCUUCAUCGUCCUCGGUUCGGACGUCCUGGUCUUCGUAUCCAUCGGUAACGAAGACAACUACCUCCUCCGGAGUGCCAUCUACAUCCACUACGCAAUGGUGUUGAUCAACAUCAUGCGCAUCGGUGCACGUGUCAUAAUGGCACUUUGGCUGAAAUUGAUCGCAGUCGUUUUUGAGUUACUCAUUCAAUGGAUCUGUAUAGUCGUCUUCAGUUGCUAUUAUUGGGAACUGCUCCGAACGAGGUGACGAAAAUAAACCUAUCAAAUCCUUAUUUCUGAUCCUCAUUUUUAAACCUUAAUUUUUUAAUUCUUCUUAUAAUAUGAGACAUUGC